AUGAAAAAAAUUAAGAGAGAUAAUAUUUUAAAGAACAAGGUGCAUACACGUCUGACUUACCUACGGCAUUUGAUAGUGUCGCUUGCGCAGGCAAAAGACAUAGACAGAACAUUACUGGUGUUUUCACAUGACUAUUAUGAUGAAGAAAUCAAUAGUUUAGUUAGGAGCAUAGAUUUUACCAAGGUAAUGCAAGUAUUUUACCCGUAUUCAAUACAAACGCAUCCAAAUGAGUUUCCCGGGAUGGACCCAAACGAUUGUCCCAGGGACGCCAAAUUAGAACAAGCUUUAAAACUAAAAUGCAAUAAUGCCUUGCACCCUGACCUGCAUGGUCACUAUCGUGAGGCGAAGUACACGCAAACAAAACAUCAUUGGUGGUGGAAAGCCAACAGAAUCUUCAACCAGCUGCAGUCCACUGCUGGACAUACUGGCAUGGUAGUCUUUCUAGAAGAAGACCAUUAUGUAGCCGAAGAUUUUAUCCACAUGCUCCAUUUACUGCGUGCAACAGCUGAUAAAACUUGCCCGCAGUGUGAAAUACUCUGCCUCGGCACGUAUUUGAAGACAUACCAGUAUCAUAGUAACACAGAUAAGAGAAAGAAGAAUUUUAACCUUAAUUACAUUCAACAAGUGAGAGCGAUAAACGAAGAGAGAAGAAAGAGACUUCAGGAGACACAAUGGAACUACCAAGUUUACCCAAAUCUGUAUUCUACUACGCAAAAGGUCGAAAUAACUCCCUGGCACUCAAGUAUGCAUAAUAUGGGAAUGGUUUUCAACAAAACUGUGUGGAAUAAUAUAAUGGAGUUAGAACAACAGUUUUGCGCGUAUGACGAUUACAAUUGGGACUAUUCUCUGCUUCAUUUAUCACAGAACCGGCCUGGCCGGGAGAAAUUCAAAGUUAUUUUGUGUAAGGGACCGAGAGUGUUUCAUAUCGGGGAAUGUGGGAUACACCAUAAGAAAUCGAACUGCAAUGCUUCCACAGUUAUAAGCAAAGUACAGAAAUUAUUACAAAACGCAAAGAAAUAUAUGUUCCCGUCGAGAAUUAUCGCUACAAUUACGGCUGGGGGCGCCAAACAUAACAAGAAACUUACCAAGGGGAAUGGGGGGUGGGGAGAUAUACGUGACCAGGAACUAUGCACAAAUAUGACAAAAAUUGGGCGACAAUUCAGAAAAUACAUCUACUACGCAUAA